AUGGAAGAAGAGGAGAUUUUAAUCGAAGAAAUUUCAGAUUAUCUUUCUUCGGAAAUCCAUCGACUGGACAAGCUCAAAACUGUGAUUUCGACAAUACAAUCAGAACGCGGGUCAUCCUCCUACCAAGACCACCUUUCCCAUCCAGUCAAUCAAUAUCGCCUGAUCCGUCGUUUCACGAAAGAAUGGGUAGAUAUCAACCGCCUCCUGGAGAACCCCGAAAAUCCUCCCGAGUUCGAAGAAUUGCUGCUCAACCACGACGAAAUCACUGGGGCUGCUCAAGCGUUGUCCCGCCUUUCCGACGUCUACCAAAUCGAACCAAUUCAUUUUGCGACGGGGAAUGCCACCAGAAACGCUCCGCAGCUCUCGUUCGAAGAUAGUUUCAAAAUUGGUAACGCGCUUUACAACAAACAGGAGUACUAUCACUGUACAAAGUGGAUGCGAGCAGCGAGAGCGCUUAUCCCCCAGCCGGACAAUACUGUUUUCCCGAAAUACAGUGACUUACUCGACUACGAAGCCUUCUGCUCCUCGCAUAGUGGAAACACGCCGCGCGCGCUGGCCCUGACGGAAGAAAUUUUAAAACGAAACGAUCACAGCGAGCCAGAACGAAUCGAAAGCAACUGGCGAUAUUACCAGAGCAAAAUUUCAGACUUUGACAGCUUUCCAAACGAUUAUCUCGAGCGACCCAGCCAUUAUAACCCAGAAGAAAGACAAAGAUACGAAGAACUUUGCCAGUUGGGCUAUGAUAACGAAAACAUCCUCCGAGACAACAACGAUGAUGAACUUUCAUGUUACUUUUUCAAAGGUCAUGAAAAUGACUUCUUCUCUCGAUUGGGGCCAUGGAAAGUGGAGGAAAUCGCCAAGAAGCCUUAUGUUGUUCGUUUCUAUGAAAUUCUUUACGAAGAUGAAAUUGAUGCCCUCGAACGUCUUGGAGAAGAAAAACUCGCGCGAGCGACUGUAUUCGAUCCAGCAACACAUAAACUCGUCAAUGCCGACUACCGUGUUUCGAAAUCAGCUUGGCUCAAAGACGAAGACUCCAAGAUCGUCGCCACUUAUAAUCGACGUAUUUCGCGACUGACAGGGCUCGAUUUGGAGUACGCCGAGCAGCUGCAAAUGUCAAACUACGGUAUUGGCGGACAAUACGAGCCGCAUUUUGACUAUUCUCGACGAGAAUGGGACAUUUACAACAACCGGCGAAUCGCUACUUGGCUUUCAUAUUUGACGACAGUCGAACAAGGCGGAGGAACAGUCUUCACAGAGCUCGGUCUCCAUAUUCGAUCGAUCAAGGGCUCGGCGGUUUUCUGGUACAAUUUAUUGCCAAAUGGCUCUGGCGAUGAAAGAACCCGGCACGCCGCUUGUCCCGUUUUAAGGGGCAACAAGUGGGUCUCGAAUAAAUGGAUCCAUGAAUUCGGCAACGAAUGGAAUCGACGAUGCCGCCUCGACGAGGAAGCUGACAAUCUUUUCCUAUAA